UUAUACACACAAUUACGAAGCAAUCAUUGCAGUCAAGUUCUAUAAAACUAAAUGAGCAGUUUUAGUUAUCUUUUUAUAGUUUUAAGAACACCACCGUGAAAAUGAAAAUGGAUGUAAUAAUUGUUUUUUUUCCACUACUUUUUUUAAGUAUUCCUUGCAAAUCGAAUGCACAAAGCGAAGAUUCUUUAAAGUUGGUGCAUGUGCUCUUUCGACAUGGUGACCGUACACCCUUACGUAUUAAAUAUGCAACAGAUCCAUACAGAAGGGAGAAAUACUUUCCUUACGGCUAUUCGCAAUUGACCAAUACGGGGAAACAAAGAUCUUACAAUUUGGGGAAAUCUUUGAGAAAUCGGUAUGAUGAAUUUCUUAGUAAAACUUACUGGAUGUCGGAAGUAUCAGCAUAUACUACAGAUACUGGCCGCAGUAAAGCCACUUUGUCUCUCGUAUUAGCUGGUUUGUAUCCCCCCAGGGGAACUCCCUUGGAAUGGGAUCUGCAACUAAACUGGAAUCCAAUAAAUUAUGAAGUUCUGCCCAAAACGCAGUCGUUAUUAGUAUUGCCCAAUGAGAAAUGUGAAAACUUCUUCAACGCCCUUACAUCGUACAUGAACACAAGUGAAGCUAAGAAGAUUAUGACAAAAUAUGACGAUAUCAAGGAAAUAAUGGAAAACAAUACAGGAUUAAGCUAUAAUGAUCCUUUUAUGUACCUAAUACUAUAUGAUUAUAUUAUUGUCCAAGAAGAACAAGGCUUAGAUCGACCUAAGUGGAUCACACCCAUACUGCCAAGACUGGAGCAAGCUUUUGUGGACGUAAUGGAGAUAUUUCGGUCUACUAAGAGUUUACAACGAUCUAUGAUUGGGGGUUUAAUACAAAAAAUAGCAGAAGAUUCCAUGUUAAAAUUAAAGAAUGGGCCAAAAUAUAAGAAUAGAAAAUUGUUUAUGUAUUCGGCACACGACACCAACGUGGCGUUGCUUUUGAAUACAAUUGGUUCUUCCACCUUAGUCGAACGCCCACCUUACACUGCUGCUGUUAUAAUGGAACUUCAUACUAUUAAUGAUGUUCAUGGAAUAAAGGCAUUUUACCAACCCUAUGUAACUGAUAAACCACGUGCCGUAUCCAUUGGACAUUUAAAUAUGUUUGGAAAAACCGCGUUGUAUGUGUUCAUGUUAACAUUUUUUGUGACUGUGAAAGGUGAAAUAAAUGAUGUUACCACUUUGAAAUAUGUCCACCUGUUAUUUCGCCAUGGGCACAGAACACCAUUAAACAAUAAGACUUAUCCAACAGAUCCACAUAAAGAUGAAACGUUUUAUCCAUAUGGUUUUGGCACACUAACAAAUGAAGGGAAAAGGGCAUCGUAUGAACUUGGUGAAUGGUUACAGAAGCGCUACAAACACUACUUAGGAUACUUGUAUUAUCCAGAGUUGGUUGAGGCCUUUACAACACCGACUGUUAGGACUCAAAUGACUAUGGCCCUUGUUUUAGCUGGGCUUUUCCCACCAAAAGGGACUGUGUUGGAAUGGAAUAAGAAUUUAAACUGGCAACCAACCGUAUAUACAGAGUUGAGCCGUAAUGACAAAUUAUUGUAUUCGCCUUUCAACAACAACUGUACCACCUACCACGAGCUUUAUAAGGAUUUUUUACGGUCAGAAGAAGGUAUGAAGCUUUUAAAAUCGACCUUUGGUUCACAUAAUUAUAUAAAAAAAAAUACGAAAUGGGACAAAGAUCCUUUGUCAGUUAUUUUCGGCACUAUGGACAAACUGGUUAUUCAGAAAGAGUUAAAGUUGCCUCUGCCGGAAUGGGCUAACGGGAUAUUUCCAGAUGGGCUUACAAGCGAUUUUCUUGAUUUUCUACAGAGUACAUCAGGAAACUCAAAGCUUAAGCAAAUGACAGGAGGCUAUUUACUACAGAAGAUUCUAAAAGACACAAAUUUGAAAUUAACAGAUCAAUUACCCAAAAAACAAAAAAUGAGCUUGUAUGCUGGACAUGAUGUUUCAAUUUUUAGUUUUUUGAGCAUAAUGGAAGUGUAUAAGCGACAUCGUCCUCAAUACACGGCAUGUGUUAUUGUGGAAGUUCACACUAUAAAAAACAUAGAUAGAAUAAGGAUUUUGUACAAGGAAGAAUCAAGCAGUAAUGAAGCUAAGGUUUUAAUUGUACCUGGAUGUGAAGAGUUUUGUCCGUUAACGAAAUUUACGGAAAUACUAAAGGAUAAUAUAUUUGAUGACGAAAUCUGCAGCAAAGAUAAACAGUGUUGUAGGUUAUAGUCACUUAGACCGAAUAGCAAAUGAAGGGAACAGUCUUGAAAGAUUGAAAUUAAUUUAUGUAGCACUUUUGUUUAUGUUUCUUAAUUUAGUGAAUCUCUAUUAAUCUAAUUAUACUAAUGA